CGCCGGCCGCACUCCCUCCUCCUCCUCCUUCUCCUACUCCUCCUCCUCCUCCCUCUCCCCUGCCCCGUCCUCCCCGGCUCCCGGGCGCGAGCAGCCGCAGGGACCGCGUUCCCUCCUGCACCAGAUUUUAUUGAACUUAUCCAACAUAUCUUGCUGGCUGAAAUUGAGAUUCUUCGGCUUAUCUCUAACUGAGGAAGCUUUGAUUGGAAACUACACAUUCAGAAAAUUAAAAAGAAAGAAGCCGGAGCAUAUACCAACCCUUUGAGAACACAACAUAAAGAAUUUUACUAUUUUACCACUUCCUUAGCUAGAAAUUCCACAGCUUUGAAGAAUGGCAGAGGAACGGAAAGAUGAAGCCAAGGCACCACAUUGGACCUCAGCUCCGUUAACAGAGGCAUCUGCACACCCACAUCCACCGGAAAUUAAAGACCAAGCUGGGGCAGGGGAAGGACUUGUCCGAAGCGCCAAUGGCUUCCCAUACAGAGAUGAUGAAGAGGCUGCCUAUGGAGAGCAUGGGCCACAGGGCCCCUAUUCAGAUACCAAAGAGAACGGAAUCAACGGAGAGCUGACCUCAGGUGACAGAGAAACCGCAGAGGAGGUGUCUGCUCGGAUAGUUCAAGUGGUCACAGCUGAGGCUGUAGCCGUCCUGAAAGGCGAACAAGAGAAAGAAGUGCAACACAAAGACCAACCCACAGCUCUGCCUUUAGCACCUGAAGAGACAGCUAAUCUGCCUCCCUCUCCACCCCCCUCGCCAGCCUCAGAACAGACCAUCCCCUUGGAGGAAGAUUUACUUACAGCCUCGAAGAUGGAGUUCCCUGAUCAGCAAGAAUUGACUUCCUCAGCAGCUGAGCCUUUAGACAAGAAAGAAAAAGAGUCAAAGAUGGAAAGUAAGCCUGGUGAAGACCUUAAACAUGCUGCCUUAGUUCCCCAGCCGGACACAACUCAAACUCCCCCUGAAAGAAAGGACACCCAAGGUGCAGAAGGAGAAAAGGCACCUCCUGCUCUGUUUGGGCAUCCUGUUGGUGCAACCUUUGAGGACAUGAAGCAGAAGGCAGAACCAAGCUUUGUAGUACCUGGUAUUGGCCUCCCUGCACAGCCUCCAGUGCCCAAAGAGCAGAAAGACUGGUUCAUUGAAAUGCCAGUGGAAACAAAGAAAGAUGAGUGGGGUUUAGCUGCCCCAGUAUCUCCUGGCCCCUUGACACCCAUGAGGGAAAAAGACGUCCUGGAAGAUGUCCCCAGGUGGGAAGGAAGGCAGUUUGAUUCUCCCAUGCCAAGUCCCUUUCAAGUGGGAAGCUUUACUCUUCCUGUAGAUAUUAUGAAGAAUGAAGUUGUAACAGAAGCAUCCCCUUUUGACCCUGGCUUCUUCCCACCAGAUAACAAAAAUUCCCUGCAAGAAGUCAGUGGCCCGGUGGCUGCCAAAGACAGCUCCAAAGUUGAAGACUCACAAAAAGAUAAACCUGAUAAAGUGGCAGAAACAGCAGUCUCAGAGGCAAUUACCUUACCCAAAGAUGCCCAGGUUCCAGUUAUAGAAGGAUAUACCAUUGAGAAAGAUUUAGGGGAAGAUACAAGGGUCAUACAUCAAGAGAGAAAAGAAAUUUCCACCCCCAGUGGACAGGAACCUACACUUACUGAAAAGGAAUUCGAGCCAAAGCUUGAAGAGAAAACAUCUAUCUCUGACAAAGUAGCUAUACCAAAAGAGCAUGAACCCUCAAAAUUGAGAGAUGAAGAAACAGGCAUAAUUCAGACUGCCACUGAGCACUCUUUCUUGAAAGAAGAACCUGAAGGCCAAGAGCCUACUGCAGAUCUAUUAAAGCAGGGUUCUUUUCCUUCAAGCUUGGGGCAAUCGAUGACAGAUUCAACCAUGACCUUGAACACCCUAGAAAAAGUCUCAGUUGAACCAGCUGCACUCUAUGAAAAAAGUACCUUACAGGAACUUUUUCAGGAGAAAGUUACUGACAAAGACAGUAAGGUGGAAGAAGUUGGGGCCACAUCAGCAGCAGAAGUUGGCAUGCCAUUUUAUGAAGAUAAGUCAGGAAUGUCCAAGUACUUUGAAACAUCUGCCUUGAAAGAAGAAGUGACUAAAAGCAUUCAGCUGGCCAGCGACUACUAUGAACUAAGUGACACAAGAGAAAGUGCCCGUGAGUCUGUUGAUACCAUAUCUGCCAUGCAUGAGGAUGAUGACAAGAGAUCCCAAGCAGAAAAAGAAUCCCAGCCCUGUGCACCAGCACAGGAGGCAGGGUACAGUACACUUGCACAGAGUUACCCACCUGACUUACCUGAAGAACCCAGUUCUCCUCAAGAAAGAAUGUUCACCAUUGAUCCAAAAGUAUAUGGGGAGAAAAGAGACCUCCACAGUAAGAAUAAGGAUGAUCUGACACUCAGCAGAAGUUUAGGACUUGGUGGGAGGUCUGCGAUAGAACAAAGAAGCAUGUCCAUCAACUUGCCCAUGUCGUGCCUGGAUUCCAUAGCACUUGGAUUUAACUUUGGGCGCGGCCAUGAUCUCUCUCCUCUGGCUUCUGAUAUUCUCACUAACACGAGUGGAAGCAUGGAUGAAGGUGACGAUUAUCUUCCAGCCACCACACCUGCGGUGGAGAAAGCCCCUUGCUUCCCAGUAGAAAGCAAAGAGGAAGAAGAAAAAGCAGAGGAAGAAAAAGCUACUGGAGGGGAAAUGGCACAAGUUGAAACAUCCAGCGAGCCACCUUUUGUGGCCAAAGAUUAUUACAAAAAUGGCACUGUCAUGGCCCCUGACUUGCCUGAAAUGCUCGAUCUGGCAGGCACAAGGUCGAGAUUAGCUUCCGUGAGUGCAGAUGCUGAGGUUGCCAGGAGGAAAUCUGUCCCCUCAGAGACUGUGAUUGAGGAGAGCCAUACUGGCUUGCCAUCUGCAACUGAUGAAAACCACGUCAUGGUGAAAACAGAUAGUCAGCUGGAGGACCUAGGCUACUGUGUGUUCAAUAAAUACACAGUUCCGCUUCCAUCCCCUGUUCAGGACAGUGAGAAUCUGUCAGAAGAAAGUGGCUCCUUCUAUGAGGGAAGCGAUAGUAAAGUUCGACGAGAUUUGGCCACAGACUUGUCCUUGAUUGAAGUAAAACUAGCAGCUGCUGGAAGAGUCAAAGAAGAGUUCAGUGCCGAGAAAGAAACAGCCCCUACGUCUGGUCUCCUUAGGGAGUUUGAUCAGGAGAGGAAAGCAAACGAUAAACUGGAUACUGUACUAGAAAAAAGUGAAGAACAUGGUGAUUCGAAAGAACAUGCCAAAGAAGCAGAAGAGGCUGGUGCCAAAGUAGACGCGUUUGGGUUAGGAGUAACACACAAAGCAACUCCUGCCAAAGAACCGACAGUGGCAAAAGAUGCAGCAGCUGAGAAAGCAGACAAAGGUCUUAGCUCAGUGCCAGAAGUAGCUGAGAUAGAACCAUCCAAAAAACUUGAAGAGGGACUGGAUUUGGCCGCAACUGAAGCUGACCAGGGUCAGUUAGAUGUUAGAAUCAGUGACUUUGGGCAAAUAACGGCAAAGCUGAGCGCAGAUGCUGGAAAGGCAGCAGAGCUUGAAGUGGAGGCGGCGCAGGAACUGGCGCCCUCAUCUAAAGCCCUGCAGGAGGCAGAUGCAUUCCUCAGUGCUGAGGCCAGCCACGGGAAGGAAGGGGCCAGAGUCAGUGAGACCGAAGUCAAAGAGAAGGUGGCUAAGCCCGACUUGGUGCACCAGGAGGCUGUAGACAAAGAGGAGUCCUAUGAGUCUAGUGGUGAGCAUGAAAGCCUCACCAUGGAGUCCUUGAAACCUGAGGAGGGCAAGAAGGAAAUGUCCCCAGAAUCAUCUCUGAUCCAAGACGAAAUUGCCGUUAAACUCUCUGUGGAAAUCCCUUGCCCACCUGCAGUUUCGGAGGCUGACUCAGCUGCAGAUGAGCGAGCCGACGUCCAGAUGGAAUUUAUUCAGAUACCAAAAGAAGAAAGCAAAGAGACCCCAGACAUAUCUGUCACACUCUCGGAUGUUACUGAGCCGCAGCUUGAAGCAGUCAUUUCGGAACCAGCAGAAGCUCAGAGUGAGGAAGAAGAGAUAGAAGCUCGGGGAGAGUAUGACAAGCUGCUCUUCCGCUCAGACACCCUCCAGAUCACAGACCUGGGUGUGGCGGGCCUCAGGGAGGAAAGUGUGGAAACCUGCGCAGGUGAGCGCAAAGGAGUCAUCGAGUCUGUGGUGACCAUCGAGGAUGACUUCAUUACUGUGGUGCAGACUACAACCGAUGAAGGGGAAUCUGGGUCCCACAGUGUGCGUUUCGCAGCCCUAGAGCAGCCAGAGGUGGAAAGGAGACCUUCCCCUCAUGAGGAAGAAGAGUUCGAAGUGGAAGAGGCAGCCGAAGCCCAGGCAGAACCUAAGGAUGGCUCCCCUGAGGCUCCAGCUUCCCCUGAGAGAGAAGCUGCGCUCUCAGAGUAUAAGACAGAAACCUAUGAGGAGUACAAAGACGAGACCACGAUUGACGACUCCGUCAUGGACGCUGACAGUCUCUGGGUGGACACGCAAGAUGAUGAUAGAAGCAUCAUGACAGAGCAGUUAGAAACUAUUCCUAAAGAGGAGAAAGCUGGAAAGGAAGCUCGGAGGCCAUCUCUUGAGAAACAUAGAAAAGAAAAGCCUUUUAAAACCGGGAGAGGCAGAAUUUCCACUCCUGAAAGAAAAAUAGCUAAAAAGGAACCUAGCACGGUCUCCAGGGAAGAAGUGAGAAGGAAAAAAGCAGUUUAUAAGAAGGCUGAACUUGCUAAAAAAACAGAAGUUCAGGCCCACUCUCCCUCCAGGAAAUUCAUUUUAAAACCUGCUAUCAAAUACACUAGACCAACUCAUCUCUCCUGUGUUAAGCGGAAAACGACAGCAACAGGUGGUGAAUCAACUCAGGCUCCCAGUGUAUUUAAACAGGCCAAGGACAAAGUUUCUGAUGGCAUCACCAAGAGCCCAGAAAAACGCUCUUCUCUUCCAAGGCCGUCCUCAAUCCUUCCUCCUCGCCGAGGUGUGUCAGGAGACAGAGACGAGAAUUCCUUCUCCCUCAACAGUUCUAUCUCAGCUUCAGCAAGACGGACCACCAGGUCAGAGCCAAUUCGCAGAGCAGGAAAAAGUGGCACCUCAACCCCGACUACCCCUGGAUCAACUGCCAUCACCCCUGGCACCCCACCAAGUUACUCCUCACGCACCCCAGGCACUCCUGGAACCCCCAGCUUCCCCAGGACCCCUCACACACCAGGAACCCCCAAAUCUGCCAUCUUGGUGCCCAGUGAGAAGAAAGUUGCCAUCAUUCGUACUCCUCCCAAAUCACCCGCCACACCCAAGCAGCUCCGGCUUAUUAACCAGCCACUGCCAGACCUGAAGAAUGUCAAAUCCAAAAUCGGAUCGACAGACAACAUCAAAUACCAGCCUAAAGGCGGACAGGUACAGAUUGUUACCAAGAAGAUAGAUUUAAGCCAUGUGACAUCUAAAUGUGGCUCUCUGAAGAACAUACGCCACAGGCCAGGUGGUGGACGAGUGAAAAUUGAAAGUGUAAAACUGGACUUCAAAGAAAAAGCCCAAGCUAAAGUCGGUUCACUGGACAAUGCUCACCAUGUACCAGGAGGUGGUAAUGUCAAGAUUGAUAGUCAAAAGCUGAACUUCAGAGAGCAUGCGAAGGCCCGUGUGGAUCACGGGGCUGAGAUCAUCACGCAGUCCCCAGGCAGAUCCAGUGUGGCAUCCCCCCGCCGGCUCAGCAAUGUAUCUUCUUCUGGAAGCAUCAACCUGCUCGAAUCUCCUCAGCUCGCCACGCUGGCUGAGGACGUCACUGCUGCGCUGGCCAAGCAAGGCCUAUGAAUCCUCACUUAGCAUCUGAGUCAUAAUACUUAGGCAUGAGCUCGUGGCAGGUGUGGGCUCUGAGCAGGUGUUACAUUCAUUCUUUACAAACCAUACGAUAAAUAAUCUCAUCCCCAAACUGUAGUCAUUGUUACAAUUUUAUAUAAAAAUGAAUAGUAUAUGCAGAAAUCGACUUCCAUUUGCAGCAAGAACACACUGGCUUUACAUGGGUACAAUUGGACAGUUAUUUUCGCUCUGCUCUGUUUUGCAUGGAGUAUUAUUAUUAUUAUUAUUUUUAAAAAUGCAUUUUUAUCUUUCAUGUGCCUGAAGGCUACCCACCACACUCUGAAAGGCCUUGUUAAAAUCCAAGCUGCUCAUUUCACUGUUCUGUUUCUGGGUGAAAAGGUAAAAACUGCCAUCGUAACUUAUUACAGGUUAAAUUGAAUCAAGGAAUCUUGAUUGCAGGAUGGGAAGGGCAUGUAAGAAAGAGGUUUUUUUAAAGUGUUAUUUUGUAUAAAUGGGAAGAAAGAUUCAGUUAAGUUAUUAACAUUUGGGACCUGGAUAAUUAUAUCAGAGUAUCAAUCCAAUAAAUUAUUUAACUAACUAAAAAUGUUACAAAGCAUUUGAGCUGUUAUUGCAGAAAUUGUACAAAAGUGCAUCUCUAGGAGUGAUGUGCUUUCAUUAGGAUGGAUUCAUGUCUGAUUAGAAUGUCAGUUGAUCAGCUAGAUUUAUGUCCACACUACCAGUUCCACACUCCUUUCCAUCUGUUUGAUACAGUAUUAUAGAUAUAAAUAUAUAUAUAUAUAUUUCUCUGUGGCCAUUUGUGAUAUUUCCUCAUAUACUUGAAUAUUAUACUUUAUUCACAGUAUCUGUGUCUCCUGCACCCUUUGGUGUUGCAAUUUUAGGUAUGUGAAAGUAGAUGUUAGCAGGGUUCUCUCCCUAUUUAAAAAAUACAUUAAAAAAGACGAAAAGUUUUAGCAUGAAGUUGCUUUCUGUAACAAUUCAAAGCUGUAACCCUGUUUUAGUGCCAGAUACAAGUCUCUCCCGUGAUACUAGGAAAAAAUAUUUUUCUUUGCUUUCACCAACAUGAAGUCUGUGGUGGUGGGUCCAGGUAUAGAUAAAAGGGUUUACAGAUUGUUGGUUUAAGAUUAUGGAUUUAUUUCAGUUUUAAUCACAAAUAGUUUGCAUUUUAUUCCUAUAAUCAUUCAUGAGAUGAACCUCUUAAGAUUCUUUUUCUCUUUUUUUUUUUUUCUUCAUUUGCUAAAGUUGAAAAUAUGAGUGGUAAUUUGGGACAUGUUUUCCCAUUCUUCCAAAUAGUUCCUGUUUUUAUUAAAUUCUGUAAUAGAAAAUGUUUGGCCUCCUAAUUCAAAGUAAAGAUCAUUCAGUCAAAAAGAAAAAACAAAGCAUUUUGAGAAAUUAUCACUGUAAAACAUUUGAGACACAGAUAUCUAAAUCAGUUUUUUCUAUAGGACUUUGACAUUGCACUCUGUAAAGGAACUCGGUGUGACAUCUUUAUUUAUCAGUAGAUAAUACUGUUCUGACUUAACAUACAAUCUAUAAAUUUUAAGUCAGUUAAUUAAUUCCACUUGCAAAUCAUUCAUCUUAGCAGUGAAAUAGUCAAAGGUCUGAAAAGCAUAGAGUUACCAAACUGGAUGGACACUUUUCAGCAUUUUAUCUGUUCUUUCUCUUGCUUGGGGCUGGUAGGCUGGAUCUAAAUAGUUAAAGACAAGGUCUGCUGGUCUUUGAGCCUUGUAGGACAAAUUAGUUUCUGAAUAAAAAGGAUGCACUGUAAGCGUAGACUGGACAGUAAAAAAAAAAGUAAGAAAAACCUAAGAUACAACCAAGGAAUGCAAAGAUAGAAAACAAAAGCUGACAUUUUGAUCAGUCAUUGGUUGGCUAUCACAAGAAAAUGACUGUCACAAGAAAAAACUAGGGAUGAACUUCUCCAUUCUUUCUCAGUUAGGAGAUUUAAACAGGCAAAUAUGUCUCAGGUCAUGUCUAAAUAGGUUAUUUUUGAAAAAAAAACUUAGCAAUACUGGGAAUUAGGGACAUGACAUUUUCACCCUAGAAAUGCUGUGAGACUUGAAUUGAUCAGUCUUUGCAAUUUAUUCAUCACCUUCCCUUAAAUGCACCAGGAAAUAGGAGAAAGAAUAGUUGUGUGGAGAGUUAGGUAUGUUCUUACAUGUUUUGAUAGUGUUAUGUAGCGAUUGAGGUUCUCUAGAAUAAAGUUAAUAGCUGGCUAGAACAGCUUUAACCGUGAAAAAUUUUUUUCAACCUGGUUUAAUUUUUUUUAUAAAAGUGAAGACUAAGUGAACAUGUUCUACCUAUUAAAGUCCAACUUUUCUAAAGACAUACCCAAAAUAAAAGUUACUGAAGGCACUAAGUUAAUAGAUUUGACAUUAAAACUAGUGUUUAUUCCUAAUCACACAAGAAAAUUACAGUGAAUAAGUACUCUUAUUUUGUAUAAAAUGUCAUUGUUUAUGAAAUUAAUAAAAAUGAACUGAAAGUUUGCACCAGUAAAGCGAGAGAGACACAGGCUAAACUGUCUUUUUGUGGGGAUGUGUGGCAGAUCCCAUCUUACCUUUACUCUCAAGCUAACGACUUAAAUUAAGCUUUUUGAACACCACUUUUGUGGGGACACACAUACGCUGAUCUAGAAAUGAAAGCUUCCGAGUUCCAUUUCUAGAUCUACUAAUGCCAGUUUCUCUCUGGCUUUAGCCUUUGAGAACCUGUUUAAGACUCCAUAAGUAAUCCAGAGCUGUGAAGAGUGAAAAGGCCAACUUCUCCAAAGAACUCAGUCUUCUCGGGUCACCUGCAACUAAAAAUUGGAUACCGUGCAACAGUGCAGGGAAGACCGGAGCUCCUGAUGAGUUUCAAAGGCCAGGUUCAUUGAGGAACCAAUGAACCCGCUCUCUCUGGAUUCACCUGCUGAGUUCCAGCAGGGUGAUGGGCUGAACCCCCCCCCCCAUAAGCAAGACACCUGUGUAGUGCCAGGUAGGUAUGGCUGAAAAAGGCUAAAGCUAGAUGCCAUCGCACGGAAUACACUGAUGGUAGCUGGUCUCCACACACACUCAUAGGACUGCAGAAGCGGGCUCAGCAGCCAAAAUAGGCCACAGUGUCAUUAUUGUUAAAGAAAUAGUCUGAAUGUGGUUGAUUCUGCCACAGCUACAAUUACUGUUUUUCUCCUAUUCUUUUAGGCCACAAAAAAGAAAAUAAAUGAUUCAUAGUCUAAGUAGGAAACGUAAAGUAGAUUCAUGGUUCAGGAAGGCAGAUUCCAGGCAUUCCUUUUAAGACUGGUGUGCUAAAAUCAGUAUGGAUGUUUGGUUUUGGGGCUUUGUUUAUUUUUUAAAUCUAGAAUUUUUAGCCUGAGUGUGUAGGUUGAGGCCGAGUCCCUCUGCAAGAAAAAGAUUAUUUUCAAACUCGAAAAAUGUCAAUCAUAAAAGUCCACUUCAACUUUAGCAAAAAGAAAAAAAAUCAACAAAAAAAGUUUACUCUGUAUGCUGGGAUUCCAGGGUUCCAACAAGCCAUUACAAAUCUGUGGGGGGUUUCUUUCUUCUGAUAAUUCUAGAGCCUGUUACCAUAGAAAGGCGUUUCUUCAAUGGCUGGUUGUAGUUAGUUCAUGUUUUUCAAUCAAAUUUGCAAAUGUAUUUGUUGCUGUAUAGUGAUUGUUUUGCAAAAUAAAAUUGCUUGUCACCUCA